AUGGAAAAGUCGAAAGAAAUUUUCUACGACAAGGAGAAGAGGUUCUUCUUGCACCUCAUGAUAUACGUGAGCAGGUUUUUUUUAAGCGAUGAAGAAAUUGUCGUGUUUGACCUAUUCGUUCACAACGAAUGCCUUUACCUAGAGAAGGACAUAAUUAACAGCGUCAACAUGAACGAGCAAAAGAUACGGAGUAUACUUUCUAAACUGUUAAAGGAGAAAUUUAUAAUCCAAGUACAAAAACUGAAAACGACAGAGAGGGGGUCUACCUUCCAAGUGUAUUACUGCCUGAACAACUACAUCGUGUAUGUGAUUGAUUAUCGCAUUAGGCAGAUGGAAGUUCAGUUGAGGAAGGAUCGAACUGACAAUGACAUGUAUGUUUGUAACUUUUGUAACGCGACUUACUCUCAACUGGAUGCUCAGCUGCUUCCACUGGAUGCGUACGACGCGCACUUCCUUUGCUUCUGCAACAAUAAGAUUGAACUCGUGGAGAAGGACGAAAGCAGCAACGACCGAAUCUACAACCGGUACACCAAGUACAUCAACAUUUUAAAGGAGCACACGGAGAAGCUCAAAAAUUACUUCAUUCCCCUUUACACAGAAAAGUUCACCAGGGUGGCGCCCCCCGACUCUCUGCACUCCCUCGCCGCGGACCACUCGUCAGACGAAUCCAUGACGAACAACUCCUCCGAGCUGUCCCUCACGAAUAAUUCCUCCCAGGUGUCUCAAAACAACCCCGGAACGGCGGCCGAACAGAAGAGAGCAAAGAACGAAGAAACGCCCACGGACGCCUGCAGCAGCGUUAUACGGUCAGACAAAAAAAUUAAAAUAUGCAUGAACGUAAAGGGAAAAAGAAGAGCGAACCAAGUGGUAGCCCCUUCCACUGGCGGAAGGACCACUACACCUGGCAAAGACCCAGCGGAAGAUGACAAUGUACACAAGGGUCACGUCAUCACAGGAAGGGCCAAACAUCAAACUGGUGACUUGACCCAGGUGCAACAAAGUACCAGCGAGAUGGUUGUGCUAAAGGAUACACAGAAGGCUGAUGAGCCGGAAAUGCCCCUCUUCUAUAUAGAAAAAUUUAAGAAGGAAUUUUCGCUCAUGGAUGCCCAGAAAUUGCAGCAAGAUAUGACUCAGGACGAAUUCGAACGCUUCAUGGAGUUGCAGGAUGAGUACCUGGACUUUAUUUGA